AGAAGCAGGCACUGUUGAGGGUGAAGGAGAGAUGGAAGCUGUGACAAAGAAUGUGCUCACAGUAAUAGUUCCGGUGCAGGAGGAAGAGUCUGCAGCUUUGGACAUAUGUGCAGAUACAGAGGCCGACAUUCCAGUAGGAGAUGAUACUGAAGAGAAUCUUCGACCAGCUGUGGUGGAUGAGGCAAUGAGCUUGGAAGAGGAAGAAGAACCAGUUGUUGAAACCAGAGGUCUAAGAAGUCUAACAAAGACAGGUACAGCUACAGCAACAUACAAAACACCAAGAAGUGGAAAGCAAGUGGAUGAACAAAAAGCAGAAAACAGUGAAGAUGAAGAAGUAGCAGUGACAACAAGAACACUAAGACAGGGGAGGAUAUCUAACUCUGCCACACCUAAAAGUAAAUCCAGAAGAACUUGUAAACAAAUCAGGGAAGAAGAGCAAAAGGAUGAAGAGGAAUCUAAAAGUGUAGAGGAAACAGCAGUGGGAGAACAAAUGGUAGUCAAUGAAGCUGUUGUAGAAAAGACAAAUGAAGAAAUAGAAGGAAAAAAUGAGGAUAUAGGAGAAAAGGCUAAGGAGGAAGCUGCUGCUGAAAGGGAGGAAAUUUUAGAGUCAGAGGUAGAUGUGCAGGAAGGGGAAGCUUUGGCAGAGGAAGGACAAAAUGUGGACGAGCAUUCAGAGGUCACUCUUGCAGAAAGGGAGGGUUCGGGUGAAGAAUACAAUGAACCAGUCAUGGAGAUUGAGGAAGCAGAACUACCACCAGUUGCUGUAACUAGAUCUUUGAGAAGUGGUGGAAAGACAUCCAAAGCACCAUCAAAAACCAGACCCAGAAGAAGCAAAAAGCAGGAAGAUGAAGAGAAGGAGGAGGGAGGGGCAUCUGACGAACAGAUUGCUGAUGGAAAUGAGUCUCCAGUAGAUACAAGUAUUCUGGAGAAG